CGAUCAUCUUCACCAACCAUCAUGGCACCCUCCCAUUCCCCCGAACCCGUCAUGGACGAGACUCACGAUACCUCCGAUUCAGAGGUCGAACAGACCGACCUCCAAUCGCGCGCUCCCAAGAGGAGACGUCUCUCGGAGUCGUCCAACGACUCCUACGUUGCCCCGGCGCCGCUCCCCACUCUCUCCCGUAUCAAAAAGAAAGAAGCAAAGCAGGAGAAACCCGCGACGGAGGACAAGGACGAGCCCGUCCUGAUCAAGGAUGCGCUGGAGAUUGGCCUACAAGAUGCGCAGUCCUCCUUCACCUCCCUCAAAGUGGCACCCUGGUUGAUCGGUGCCCUGACGACCAUGGCCGUCCGCAAACCCACCGCCAUUCAAAAAGCAUGUAUCCCAGAGAUCCUGAACGGACGAGACUGCAUUGGAGGAAGCCGGACCGGUUCCGGUAAAACCAUCGCCUUCGCCGUGCCCAUGCUGCAGAAGUGGGCAGAGGACCCCUUUGGCAUCUUCGGCCUCGUCCUCACCCCAACCAGAGAACUCGCCCUGCAAAUCUACGAACAAAUGAAAGCCAUCUCCGCCCCGCAAAGCAUGAAACCCCUCCUCAUCACCGGAGGUACCGACAUGCGGCCCCAGGCCCUCGCCCUCUCGCAACGCCCACACAUCGUCAUCGCCACCCCCGGCCGUCUCGCCGACCACAUCAACACCUCCGGCGAAGACACCAUCCGCGGCCUCAAGCGCGUGCGCAUGGUGGUACUCGAUGAAGCCGAUCGCCUCCUCGCCCCGGGACCCGGCAGCAUGCUCCCGGACGUCGAAACCUGCCUCUCGGCCCUCCCCCCCUCCAGCGAGCGCCAAACCCUCCUCUUCACAGCAACCCUCACGCCGGAGGUGCGCGCCCUGAAAUCCAUGCCCCGCUCCGCCGACAAGCCCCCAGUCUUCGUGACGGAAAUCUCGACCGAAAACAAAAGCUCCAUCCCCCCGACCCUCCAACAAACCUACCUCAAAGUCCCCAUGACCCAUCGCGAGGCCUUCCUCCACGUCCUCCUCUCCACCGAAGGCAACGCCACCAAACCCGCCAUCAUCUUCUGCAACCACACCAAGACCGCCGACCUGCUGGAGCGCAUGCUCCGUCGGCUCUCCCACCGCGUCACCUCCCUCCACAGUCUGCUGCCGCAGUCCGAGCGUAACUCGAAUCUCGCUCGCUUCCGCGCCUCCGCGGCUCGUCUGCUCGUGGCCACGGACGUCGCGUCCCGUGGUCUGGAUAUCCCGUCAGUAAGUCUGGUAGUCAACUUCGACGUGCCCCGCAACCCAGACGACUACGUCCAUCGCGUUGGUCGUACAGCGCGUGCCGGCCGACACGGUGAGGCAGUGACGCUGGUUGGCCAGCGCGACGUGAGUCUGGUGCUGGCGAUUGAGGAGCGCGUAGGUCGGCAAAUGGAGGAGUGGACCGAAGAGGGCGUCAGCAUUGAAGGUCGCAUUGUGCGCACGGGCGUGCUCAAGGAAGUCGGCGAAGCGAAGCGCGAAGCCGCGGGCGAGAUCGAAGAGGGACGCGACAUAUUGGGUCGGAAGAGGAAUAAGCUAAAGAAGGUUCGGUGAUGCCUUAGCAUUAGACCUCAACGAAGUAAAAUAGAAUUG